CUUCGAGCAGACGAUCUUUCGGAUCCAGCAGCGUCAACGUCCACGUCUGGUUCGCUCUCACUGCUAGCCUCACGAAAUGCAUCUGGUCCAUGGCUAUCAGUCAACACCAGUUCUACCUGGACCGCAGACACACGAAGCAGACGAUGCGGUCGAUGGACGACAUUGCUGCCUCCUUGUGUCAGCAGCCCGUCAGCGCGCCUACACCGGAACCGGAUGUCAAGAGCCCGCCGGGGGUCACUCCCAGCAGCAGCACCAGCACCCUGACAUCCAUGCCGUCGUCCACCCAGGUUUGCGACACGGAGGAGACACUGGCGGCGCUGCAGGAGCAGCUGAAGGCCCUGAAGACGCUGAAGGAGAAGAAGGAGAACAUGCAGAGCAAGCUGACGAAGAAGACGGACGAACUGAUGAAGCUCUGUCUGCAGGAAGCUAUUCUACGUCGACAGCAUAUCGAGACUGCGGGACAGUCAAACUAUCGAACUAUACUACCUCCAAGCAAAGGCGCUCGUCUGUAA